AUGAGCGUAUUUAUACCUAGAUCAUUAUCACUUAAUUGGUUGCAACAUAGUGACACGAUUAGCGAUAUUGGAAUAAUAAAUCGCAAUCCGUCUAUAGAUAUUACUUCAUAUUCGAGACACAGUCGUUUAUUAUCAGAGAAAGCAGGAUGGUCCCCUUUUAUUAAAUCAGCAAGUAUUGUAAAAAACACGCCACCAGUUAAAAAUGUAAACAAAUUCCCCUCGCCCACUCCAAGCUUAAGAUCACAGGCUAAGCCUGUAAUGACAAAUAAACCUGAUUCUUCAAUUUCAACCCCAAAUAUAGAAACUAAACCGGUAAUGAUAAAAAAUCCUGUAAUGAUAAGAAAACCAGAUACUUUCAUUUCAACCUCAAAUAUACAAACUAAACCGGGAGUGAUACAACCUGUAAUUCCGAAUAAGCCACCUGCUCCAAUUUCAACCACAAAUGUACAAGCCAAACCUGCUGUUACAACUACAACUACAAAUGUACAAGCAAAACCGGGUUCUACAAUUACAACCACAAAUGUACAAAGCAAACCUGCUUCUACAAUUACAACGACAAAUAUACAAGGCAAACCUGCUUCUACAAUUACAACCACAAAUGUACAAACUAAACCUUCUGUUACAACUACAACCACAAAUGUACAAACUAAACCUUCUGUUACAACUACAACCACAAAUGUACAAGCAAAACCGGGUUCUACAAUUACAACCACAAAUGUACAAGGCAAACCGGCUUCUACAAUUACAACCACAAAUGUACAAGCCAAACCUGCUUCUACAAUUACAACCACAAAUAUACAAGCAAAGCCAGCUGCUCCAACUUCAACCAUAAAUGUACAAGCAAAACCGGGUUCUACAAUUACAACCACAAAUGUACAAGCCAAACCUGCUUCUACAAUUACAACCACAAAUGUACAAGGCAAACCUGCUUCUACAAUUACAACCACAAAUAUACAAGCCAAACCUGCUUCUACAAGUACAACCACAAAUAUACAAGCAAAGCCAGCUGCUCCAACUUCAACCAUAAAUGUACAAGCAAAACCGGGUUCUACAAUUACAACCACAAAUGUACAAGCCAAACCUGCUUCUACAAUUACAACCACAAAUGUACAAGGCAAACCUGCUUCUACAAUUACAACCACAAAUAUACAAGCCAAACCUGCUUCUACAAGUACAACCACAAAUAUACAAGCAAAGCCAGCUGCUCCAACUUCAACCAUAAAUGUACAAGCAAAACCGGGUUCUACAAUUACAACCACAAAUGUACAAGGCAAACCUGCUUCUACAAUUACAACCACAAAUGUACAAGGCAAACCUGCUUCUACAAUUACAACCACAAAUAUACAAGCCAAACCUGCUUCUACAAGUACAACCACAAAUAUACAAGCAAAGCCAGCUGCUCCAACUUCAACCAUAAAUGUACAAGCAAAACCGGGUUCUACAAUUACAACCACAAAUGUACAAGCCAAACCUGCUUCUACAAUUACAACCACAAAUGUACAAGGCAAACCUGCUUCUACAAUUACAACCACAAAUGUACAAGGCAAACCUGCUUCUACAAUUACAACGACAAAUAUACAAGGCAAACCUGCUUCUACAAUUACAACGACAAAUAUACAAGGCAAACCUGCUUCUACAAUUACAACCACAAAUGUCCAAACUAAACCGGGAGUGAUAAAACCUGUAAUGCCCAACAAAGCAUCUUCUCUAAUUACAACCCAAACUAUACAAACUAAACCGGGAGUGAUAAAACCUGUAAUCCCAAAUAAAACAGCUGUUCCAAUUUCAACCCCAAAUGUACAAGAUAAACCUACUACUUCAAUUCCAACUCAAAAUAUACAAACUAGCCCGCCAAUGAUAAAAAAACCUGUAAUGCCAAAUAAACCACCUUCUCCAAUUCCAACACAAAAUGUACAAGCUAAACCUGCAAUGACAAAUAAACCUGCUACUUCAAUUACAACCAAAAAUGUACAAACUAAACCUGCAAUGGUAAACAAACCUUCUACUUCAACUCAAGGCGCAAAAGCAAAAGCGCCCCCUCCUACGAAUAAUAGCACAAAUGGAAAGUGGUCACAAAAAGUGAAAAAAGCAAAAAAAAAAUUUAUAAUAGCUUCAGUUUUAUUGGUUAUAUUAAUAGCUUUGUUCAUAAUAUUUCCUACGAUAUUUGCUUUUGUACUAAAAGAUUACUUAGCUACGGUUCUUGGAAUUUUUGGAUCCCUAUUAUUGACGGGUGUGGCGGCAUAUGGUGUAUUUCUUAACAAACUAUUUAAAAAGCUUCGAUGA